GCAUGGAAAUUCACAUUUAGUGCAUUAUAAACGUUCGUCUAAAGAGGUUCAAUUUACUAAGCAUGUUCCAGCUGAAAACUCUCCUAUAUUACGGAACUAUCGCAAUAGUUAUAAAAGCAACACCUCCAGGAUGCGACGAAAUAAAUGGUUUGGAUUGCCGAUUGCAGGAUCCUCCCAAUCAAUGCGGGGCACUCUGCCUCUCAGCGCUGAUGCCACUGAUCGAUCACAUUGCCGAGCACCAGGAACAGUGGAAAACCUGCAACCUUGACCAUAACCUAACCAAGGCAAAGUUUCAAGAAAUACAGGGCCAUCAGAGGGAUAUUCAAAAACAAAUUGAGAGCCAGAACACAUCGCUAUCGGAUUCGUGGAAGAAGAUCAUUGCGGAGGAUAUCGAGAACAGGAUCAAUAGGCUAGAACUUAAGAUGGAAGGUCAACUAUCUGUCCUACAUAAAGAAUUGUCCAGUAUAAAGACGUCGCUGAAGAAUAUCACUUCGCAAAUAAGCAUAUUAAAAAGGUUCAAGCGAAUCGGAUCGAGAUAUUUGCACAUCGAAGAAACGGACAAACGAAGUUGGACUAGUGCCUUGAGCGCAUGUCAGGAGAUGGGAGGAAAUCUAGCCUCAAUUAUAAAUGAAGGAGACUUUAGUGCUAUCGUGUCGCAACUAACCAAAGGCGUCAAAUAUAGGUUUGGCAUUAGUGAUCUGGCUAAAAAGGGCGAAUUCAUAUCUGUGUCCUCCGGAAAGAGAGCACCUUUUCUGAAAUGGAAGCCUAAGGAGCCAGUAUACGAUGAUGACGGUCAGCAUUGCAUUAAUGUACAUAACGGUGCCAUGUGGGUUGAUUCUUGUACUAAUGAUAUGAAUUACAUUUGCGAGCCUAAUCAAAAUAUUUUGUAAACAGAUAUAUAUAUAUAUAUAUAUAGACUUGCAAUGUGAAAAAUACAAAAAGAAAUCUUGUACAGAUAAUUCGUUAAACUUUUAUUUAGCCAUUGAUGUUUUGUGUUUUUUAACAUUAUAUACUUGAGUAUUUUAAUCUUCAUUUUUUUGUUGCCUUUCGAGUGCUUCGCACAUAUCUAUUUCAUGACAAAUCGUGUACGAAAAGUGCAAUAUGAAAUUGGAAUAAAUUGCCUACUUGAAAAUGCGUUUGUGAUGAAAAUCGUGUACCACGUAUAUAUCGUUAAUCGGUAUCAAGAUCGAUAUCUCUAUCGAUAACUAAGGCUAGCUCGCAGUGAGUGUUUCGAGUGUUUUGUGUGAGUGUAUAACGCAUCGUUCGCUUAAAGACCUAGACUUAAGACUAAACAAACAAUUUGAAACAAACAGCCUAGAUGGAAAACAUACUUCUCGUACAUCAGGUAGAAACAACAUCAGAGGUAAGAAUUACUCAUCUAUAGGAGUAAUACCCCCAUGAGCUGGGUUAUGGAGAGGGGAUGGGGGAGAUUCGUUGCUUGGUAAACUUUGUCACGCGUUAAGGUCCUUGAAA